ACUGAUUGUGUUGUGUUGUACAAGGUACCAUGUACCUAACGGGCUAAGUCACUUACGGAUAAGCCUGGAGCGGUCAAGUCAGGCAGGAAUCCAGCAGGAAUCCAGCUUCCGCUUGCAGACUCCAAUGCCGCGCCGCGUUGACGAUCGCAACAUCGUCAAUCGUUUAGCAAGCAAAAUUCAGCACUUCUAAAGAACAAUCAACCCCUACAUUACUUAAUUCCGUAUUACUGGCCGCAUCGCACGUCUCUAGCAUAUAUUCUCAUUACAUGUCCUUUCUAAUCUGUACAUGCUCUUUGUCCGCGCUUCUCAUCUGAAUAGCAUUUUGCGCGCGAGGACGACGGUUCUUUGUGCCUUUCCGUGCACAACUUCUUCGGUCCCCGUCCGCCCUAGUUUGCACCUUUCCCUCUCGGCCAACCUCGAUCACUCGAUCACUUCUCACGAUCCAUGACAAACGAUAUAACAGACCCGGCGGUAAAGCGCAAUGCUUAAUCCCCAGAUGCAGGGUGGCUGGGGAGUCGGCCAGGUGCCGAACCCGCCUAGCAACCCAUUUAGCAACCCGACGUCCACCCAGCCGGCCAACCCGUUCGCUCCGCCCAAGGUUAACCCAUUUUUGCAAGGACAGUCCAGCGGCGCAAUGCCCACACCAAAUCCUUUCCUAGCAAAUUCUGCUCAACCUCCUUCAUCGAAUUCUUCGAUGCUGCAGACCCUGACCCAAAUGGCGAACGGGCGGCAUCAAGACUUCCGGAUGCCAAGCGAUAUGAAGAAUCCUUUUGAGAAGAAAAACGUGGGCUCUGCUAUAAGCACGAACGGCCAGUCUACCGCUUCUCCUUUUAACCUGAAGCCAAACCCGUUUAGCGGCCCUAGUAAUGGGCAAUCCUCCAACAAGCAGAACCCGUUUUCGACGCCGAAAAUCAAUGGUACCGAAGUACGGCCUUCACCUUUGAGUCAACAAGAUUCAACCCCCAAGUUCGAAUCAUUCGGCCGGCCCAGCUUUACGCAGACAUCCAACCCGACAACCACCUCCGACGACAGUUCCUCGAAACCAAACCCCUUCUUGAAACCAACGCCGGCAUUGACCGGUGAAACCCAGGCCUCAGCUACGACCGGUGUCAAUAGCCUAAAAAAGGCUUCCGAAUAUGUGCAGCCAGCGUGGCCAAAGCAGGCACAGACUACUAAUUCUACACCAGCGAAUACCACAACACUCACAAAUCAAGUUAAUGGGAAGCGAAAGAGUGGUGAUGAUAUCCAGCGGAAGAAUAAAUCAUCGCGGAAGUCGCUAGGCCCAGAAAAGGCCAAUACUCAAUUCCAGUCCCCUGCCCAGGGUAAUAAGCAGGACAUCUCGACUGGAAAAGACGUGCCGGGAAACCCGAAAUUUAAUCAAGAUCGAGAUGAAUUCGCUAAAAAGAUUCGAAACCAGUUAGCCAAGGAUAAAAUCAGACCACCGCAAUGGCCUGAGAACCCAGGGAGCUUUGCGCAACGCCAGGCAAUAGAGCGUUUUCGUGAAACUUAUAAGGCGUACCGGGAAAAGGCGCGGAAGUCGCUCACGCGAGCUGGUCUAAUCGAUGAUCCAGACAAAAGGCGAAGGCUCGACGAGGCGCUUGUGUUCAAGGGAAUCUGUGAGGAUAUGUGUCCUGAGUGGGAGCAAGUGACCCGUAUUGUCGAGCACGAUAUCAGAGGACCGGAGAAAAGUAGAGAUGAGAAUGGCGAUCUUGUCGCAAUGCCCUCACUUAUGGUGAAGCGACUUGCUCGUUCAGCUGCAGGGCAAGAUGCACCCCUCCCCAUGGACGUGCGAUCCGUUCGGACCCUCCGUCGCACUUUAGAUUACUUGAUCGAUCUUGUUUCGUCAGAUGACCUAUUACCGCAACGGCAUAGUUUCCUUUGGGACCGAACUCGAGCCAUUCGAAUAGACUUCUCAUUCCAGAAAUACGCUAUGACGCCUGACGAGAUACUAGAUCAAAUCUAUUGCCUCGAGACUAUCACUCGUUUUCACGUUACGUCGCUUCAUCUUCUCUCUCAAGAUGGCUUCGCUCCCACGGACUUUUCGGAGCAACAGGAAGUCGAGCAACUAAGCAAGACCUUAAUCUCCCUAAUGGAAGUAUAUGACGACUGUGCACAUCAGGGGAUCGAGUGUAAAAACGAGCCCGAGUUCCGGGGGUAUUUUAUAGUAUUCAAUGCCUACAAUCCGGCGCUCAUGGAAAGAAUAGAAGGCUGGGAUGUCCGGUUUGGGAACGCCGAAGGAAUCAAAUCCGCAAUAGCUAUCGUCCAAUGCAUCGACAAUAUCCGAAAAAUGCAGGGCCCUUUAUAUCCAGAAACUUGCACCCAAUUAGCUAUUGACGCGAUCUCGAUAUUCUUCAAGCUCAUCGCCCAUCCGACCGUCUCAUAUACCAUGGCCUGCUUUGCCGAGAUACAUUUCAACAACGUACGAAAAGGGAUAUUGAAAGUUAUUAGGAGAUCGUUCUCGAGGCCUCGGUUCGGCCCCAAAGACCUGACUCCGCCCGUUUUAAAGCAAUACCUACACACUGAUACAGAAGAAGAGGCAGUUGAGUUUUUCAAAAAGCACGGUUUUCAGUUUCAUGAAGAUGGGUAUGCUAUUCUCUCCCAAAGUACCGAGUAUAUCGAUGCUCGAGUACGGCAUUCCUUCUCGGGGGACAUAGUAGAACGUAAACGUUCUGGACGAGCUCUUCCAGAAGUCAUUCGUACAACUGUCUUCGAAGAGAAUGUCAUGGCAAUAACUAGCUCAGAUGAAUCUUCCGAGGAAAGCUUGUUUGUCAGCGAUUCUCAAGACGUCCUCCCAGCGGAUAGCGACCGCCAAGGGCACGAGAAUCCUGAUGGAUAUGGUCGCCAGGCAGAAGGCAGUCAACCUACGCCACCCCCCGGCCUCCUGACCGCAUCAAGCCCCUAUCCUCCUCCGCAAACCUUUGGGAAGCAUACCAUUACCAAGCCGACGACUGCCGUUCCCUUUAAGCAGUCACCCUCCCCACCACCCCCCAACACGAUACCUGUUUCUCAAGAGGCCUCUUUUACUCCAGUCUCUGCCCAAACUAGCAGAGACUCUAGGGCCGAAACCGCAUACCCCGCUCCUACGGGACAGCAGCCCAACUCGCUCUUUGCGCAAACAGGCAACUCCAUGACCCCUAGCACUACGAACGCCGACAAUAAUACUGCUGCAGCAUCUAAAGAUGGGAAGAAGUCCGACUCAAAUUCUAAGAAGGUUAUAUUCGGAGACAAUGUUUCAGUAGCACAAGCAGCCCAACCCACAACAAGCAUGUCAGAUCCAAACUUCUUCAGUUUUCUAAACGGCGACAAAGACCUAUCGAUUCCACCGACUAAGUCUCUCUUCGCGAAUGUUGGAGUAAAGGCUUCCGACUCGUCGAACAAAGACGGAUCACAACCCCCUGCACCCUCUAGUUUAUCUACCACCCCAGAAUCAGUAUCAAAACCCAUUCGCUCAUCGAAAUCUACCAGUAGCGCGGUUCAACCUACAGCACCCAGCCUUUUUUCUACAUUCCCGCCACUCACGAAUGACACGCCCUUAGGUACCUCUGAGGCCAGUAAACAAACUUCCGUUGCGAGUCAACCAUCAAUAUUUUCACAACCAGCCUCAAAACUUACCUUUACAUCGCAACAACCUCUUCCUACACAAUUUUCUGCUCCUCAAAGUACACCCCGGAAGGACCCGAUGAGUGACUUCGCUCGUUGGUUCGUUUGUGCAGACAGAGGGUUAAUGGAAUCACAUCUUCAAGAAUUUGCAGUUACUCACAUCUUGAAGAGCAUUUGGGACGAGUUUCAUGCUGCCGAAGUUGAGCGCAUACAAAGGGAAGAAGAAGAAAAGGUCGAUGCCGAAGUACGGAACUUCAGAGAGAACAGUCUCAAACUGAAAUACUUUUGGCGUUGGCAUGAUGGCUUUCGUAGACGUCAACGUAUUAGACGUAUGAAUCAAGAAAAAGAGAAAGCGAGACAAUGGAGAUUACCUGAAAAUGUAGCAAAACGUGAGCGCGCUGCUAGGGAAAAGCAGGAAAGAAUCGUUCAGCAAACGACGGAUUCGAUGCUAAGGAGGAGCCAGCAUAGAGUUGACGAAACGGCCCAACUAAGGGCAUCAACUGGGCUAAGUCUCGAGUGGAGAGGACGGCAAAAGGCAGACACUCCAACAGAACUGCGUGUCCAAUCAUCAAGUCCAGAAUCACAGUCACGGAGCAUCGAAGAAGCGCUACUUGCUACUGGCGUUUUCAAUGGGGUGACGGAUGAAAGAGCUGCAGCUCGAUACGCAGCCAGGGAUUACGACCCCGAAACUAAGGCGAACCUGGUCCAGGAGAGAAAGAUGCGAUUAAGGGCUGAAAACAAAAGCCGAAUUGAGCGCGGAGUCCAUCGGCUCAAAGAGCUACCAGAGCCGAAGAUCUAUAAAGAGGGGUCGAAGACAGCAAUGCUCAGGGCUCGCUGUCGCGGUACUGGUGGAGAUACCUUGUCCACAUCAACCGGGAGCCUUCGUAACUCAACUUUUAGCUCGAGCUAUCGUUCAAGCGUCGGCUACAAUAACGGUCGAGUAUCAAAAUCCCGGUCGAGAGUUGCAGAUCCAUAUUGGACUUUGAAAGCUAGAGGGCUUGUCCGAAUGCCGAACGGUGAAUUCUUGCACGAGUCGAUAGCAUUGCCUAUGUUGCGAGAAGGAAAACGAAUCCCUGGCUUUGGAGAUUAUGGAUUACCGGCUGCCGAAGAAGCACCCCCUAGCCAGUCGCCGCCACCGGCACUAAGCAGUCUGUCUUCGCCAUUCAUACGAGCUGAUGAGUUAGGAGUAAGCCAAAUCAGCAGUUCACCCUCAGAGACCCGGAGCCAGAAGCGAAAACGUCGCGCAAACGAAAGCUCGCCUAUAAACGGAAGUGAGUCGCCUGCCAAUAUGAAGCGAGCCAAGAGUGGAGAUGCAAAAACCAGCUCGCUUACGGACGCCGAUGAGCACCUUGCCGAUAUCGCGAAUUUCUUAGCAAUGGUUGAAGGGAGGGCCUCAGGACUUGGAAAUUCUUGAUGAAGUCUACGGGGUGGAUUAGAGGCGUCAUAAUAAUAAGUCGAGCAAAUGGAUAUAGUCAAUGGCAUAAGGAGUCAUAAUCACUCGGUACUAUUUUGGAAAUGGCCUUGGCACAGGAUACAUCCUUGGUGAACGUGAUUGGCAACAGGGUAUCGAAGAAGCAGAAAGAGACACGAUAAUUGAAAAAGAAAUAAUUGUCUAAUCGAAUUGGCAGAAAUGGGCAGCCAAAUGGGAUUGUCGUCACCGUCAUUAUUGUUAUCACACCAUUCAUGAAUCGGCGUUACCAGAGGCGUCAUGCGAAAGAAGAAAAAUCAACCGACACGAGACCAUGAUUUCUUGUUAUUACUACUGCUACAGCGGCUUCUUUUCACACCAGGAUAAACUUUUCCGGCCGCCAAAUUCAGGCCCUUUUUUUUUUUAUCAAUCGUAUACUGAGAUACCCGUAGGUGUAGUAGGUUAGGUACCUAACAUUGCAUAGAAAAGGGGUGGGGUUAGGUUGGUGAUUGGGAAUUUAAAGAAUACAUACAUGUACAGCACAGGCACAGGCACAAUACACGGCAUGGCAAAUGGGAUAUAUCUUCUUGAAUCUAAUCGACUCUUGGUAGAUGCUAUGUUAUGAUCUUGACGCUUUAUAUAUUCUCCAUAUUUGUCUAUCUACGUGAAGAACUAUACAACGGCGCUCAUGUCUAGUGGAUAUUGCAUUGGCUAUUUGAUAUAGAUACCGGGACUGCAUCAGC